GGCGUCCCGCCGCAGCCGCUGCUGCCGCUUCCUCCUCCUCCUCCUCUCCCCGCUCCCUGCCGUCACCGCGCCUGAAGAUGCACUUGCACAGGGCUCUGCUGCUCCUCUCCCUGCUGAGCUUGGCCACCGUCAGCCUGUCGCUGUCCUCCUGCACGACGCUGGACCUGGAGCACAUCAAGAAGAAGAGGGUGGAGGCCAUCCGGGGCCAGAUCCUGAGCAAGUUGCGCCUCACCAGCCCCCCGGAGACUGUGGGGCCGAGCCACGUGCCCUACCAGAUCCUGGCUCUGUAUAACAGCACCCGGGAGCUCCUGGAAGAGAUGGAGGAGGAGAAGGAGGAGAGCUGCUCCCAGGACCACACCGAGUCUGAGUACUACGCCAAGGAGAUCCACAAGUUUGACAUGAUCCAGGGCUUCCCGGAGCACAAUGAACUGACUUACUGCCCCAAAGGCGUAACUUCCAACCUGUUCCGUUUCAACGUGUCUUCGGCAGAGAAGAACAGCACCAACCUCUUCCGGGCUGAGUUUCGGGUCCUGCGAGUGCCAAACCUCAGUUCAAAACGCACAGAGCAGCGUAUUGAACUCUUUCAGAUCCUGAAGCCUGAUGAGCACAUUGCAAAGCAGCGCUACCUCAGUGGCCGGAAUGUGAUGACGCGCGGCUCCCCUGAGUGGCUGUCCUUUGAUGUCACGGACACAGUGCGAGAAUGGCUUUUGCAUAGAGAAUCUAACCUGGGACUGGAGAUCAGCAUCCACUGCCCAUGUAACACCUUCCAGUCCAAUGGCGACAUCCUGGAGAACUUGCAUGAGGUGCUGGAGAUCAAGUUCAAAGGCAUUGAGAGUGAGGACAGCCACGUGGGGCGUGGGGACUUGGGGAGCUUGAAGAAGCAGAAGGACCUGCACAACCCCCACUUGAUCCUGAUGAUGCUGCCCCCCCACCGGCUGGGGAGCCCCGCCCUGAGAAGCCAGAGGAAGAAAAGGGCCCUCGACACCAAUUACUGCUUUAGGAACAUGGAGGAAAACUGCUGUGUGCGUCGCCUCUACAUUGACUUUCGGCAAGACCUGGGCUGGAAAUGGGUCCACGAACCCAAGGGAUACUUUGCCAACUUCUGCUCUGGACCUUGCCCAUACCUCCGCAGUGCAGACACAACUCACAGCACGGUACUUGGCCUAUACAAUACACUGAAUCCUGAAGCAUCCGCCUCCCCUUGCUGCGUGCCUCAGGAUCUAGAGCCCCUCACAAUCCUGUACUACGUUGGAAGGACCCCCAAAGUUGAGCAGCUCUCCAAUAUGGUGGUGAAAUCCUGCAAAUGCAGUUGAAAGGGACCCAGUGCCAAGCAUAGCCGAGAAAUUGCAGCGAUCUGUUCUCUGCUCCCAGGUCAAAAGGAAACAAGUACUUGAAGGAAGGUACUGUAAUCUGGCUUUUCUUACACUGCAGUCAAGGACAAUCUACCCACUUCGAAGACCUUUAAUUAAAAAACAACACACCCACCUCUCUGCCUUCAUGCCUCUCUUUUUCUUUGGGAGUUACUUUUGCAAUAUGGAGGCUGGGGAAGAAGACACACAUACCGGCUAAACAUUUAGUGGACAGACAGAAAGAAGCAAAUGAGAAAAAUUCACUGAAGGAGGAGACGAUUAGCAGAGCUGUGGACAUUUGGCAGGAACAAUGGGACUUCUUAUCCCACCAUUGACUUCUCUGCGAGCCCAGCCUUUCCUACAGAAUAACGAAGAUUUCCUUAUGAAGGAACAUAAUAUUUUCUUAGAACCAGAACAUAAUGGACCUAAUUAUUCUGCCUACAAAUGGGUGCAGGAGUCGGUGGUCCCAACUUCUCAGAACGACCACUUUAGAGAGGACCUCUUGACUAUGGUGAAUUAUCACACAGUUUCUCUCCUCCUGGAGUCCCUGCUCGAUUACCUCUGGGUAAGAGUGGGCAGCAAAUGCAGGAUUCUUCAAAGUAAUCUCUAAAGGAUCCUGCACUUGCUGUGGUGGCUAAGGUAUUGUAAGGAAAUCUGCACAUCUCUUGCACAAGGACCUGGCCCAGGCCACACCUGCCAAGGUUUUAUUAAGAAGUAUUAACCUCAACUAUUGUAAAGAAAAUAAAUAAAUAUUUUUUGGAAUUGGGAA